CUUUCGUCAUCACGUGGUGCCACGUCUGCCCUCAUGCAUCAUGUUUUUAUGUUUCAUUUUCAAGAAUAUACCUGCUGCGUCCUGACCGCGUUUUCACCUUCAAUCAAAAUCGGUUGCGCGGCUGUCGCUCAUGGGCCUGACUCGCGCGUUCCGUUUUCUCCAAACAGUAGCCUAACACUUCACAACUUUAUUAAUCACCAACGCUACACUUGUAUGAUAUGAACAAACCGCGUGCGGCUGCACCCUUUUCACUUCAUGAAGAGAGAUACCGUGCCAGUGAAACCCUCAAUGAACUAUAUCAAUCGCUUCAUCAACCGGCACUUGUCGCCGCGUCCGCGUACACAACGACCCUCUCAGCCGCCGAAACCCCUAGCGAGCUCCCAUCACCAACAAAGGAUACGCUUGCGCCCUCAUUCUCACCACAAGCACAAGCGACGCAAACGCCGCCGGGAGAUGACGGCUUUCAAGGGACCUUGGUCUAGCGACCUUGAUUCAUUCAAGAAGUUGGUGCACUCGAUACCAGAGCAGUACAAGCCCUCUUUCGCUACUUCCUCAAAGGCAACGCUCGACAAGAUUUGCGAUCCAGGCGUGCUACAUGUCUGGGAGUCGAACUCUGACGUCGACAGCUUGCUACAGCUCGCCUCAAUCAUUGCUAAGCUCUGCAAUCUUGGAGUGCGCAAGAACGCCGGCGCGAAUCCUAAGGAUGGCUGUAUGGUAAUUAUCGCUGAAGAGAACAGCAGUGGGAGCAACUUUAGUCGAAUCUGCGAGUAUGUUGGUUACUUGACGGGAGCCAAAUCACGGAACCACCUCGAAGACACUGUUGCCGCGUAUGGCAAGAUUGUUGUGGUCAGGGGCUGGGACAACAGUGUACUGAGUGGGCAGCGUGAGGCGCUUGAGAAGACUGUCCGACGAAUCAACAUAGCGAUUGAGCGUGUCUUGAAGAUGGGAAAGUUUGAAGGCAAGAAGAGGAAGAUUGUGUGGCAUCACAAUGCAGUCAUACCCUUCUUGUUGCAUUGGAUCAACACCACGACACCGGCCUUGCGCUUGACCAUAUCUGCGAUUACCAUCACUGGCUCACUGGACUUCUCCACUGGCAUUGGACCCUCUAUUGCCGGUCGCGCAAACAAGGUACCUGACCUCGAGCGCCUAGAACAGUAUGCGAAGAAGCUUGGCGUUCCAGUUGUCUUUCUCGACUCGUCGUCACAGCUCAUCAACUUUGACUAUUUGGGUACAUACAUGUACUACUACGCCUACUACAUCAACACCUUCCUACCUUCCUCACUAUCUCGACCUCACCUCGAGAAAGCUCAGGACGAACUCGUCACCUUUGCAUUCAGACUCCGCGCAGCCAGCGAAGCCAAGUACGGCAUCGAGGCAGUCAAAAUGGUACAAAAGUACCUGGACCCACGCACCGCCAAACAAUGGGCACACAACUGCAUCAACAAAGACAGCUACGAGAAAUCCAAAUGCCGCGCCGCCGGCAAAGACGAAUCAAUCCACCACGCCGUCCAACUUGCCGACUGCCCCUUCGCCCGCUUCUCCCCGACCCCCGGCGUCCCUGCCUUCGCGCGCCUCGCGGUCGGCCCAGCCUCCACCUCGACAAAAGACCACUACACCGCCGCCCCCGUCAGCAUCGCAUUCCGAAAAUCGCAAUUCCGCCCCGCCAGCCCAUCAACCUUCUACAUCCUCAUCCCGCAAGCCAGUCAGGACCUCGAAAAAGUCACAAACCGCAUCCAAGGCCUCAUGAUGGCGGUCCUCGAGCGCGUCCGCCGCGAAAAAGGUAACCCGGUGCUCGGCGACGCCGAGAAGAGCAUGUGGCGCGAUGUCGUCAAAGCGUGUAGCUGGGCGCUUGAUGGAAGUGAGGAGAAGAUGCCAAAGGAGAUGGUGCGCAAGGUGCGGUUUGUGAAGCAGAAACUCAAGUCCGGGACGUGGGGGUAUGCGGUUAAUGCUCCGGCCACUAACGCUGAUGCUGCGGGUGGAGCAGCGAGCAAUGGGGCCGUGCAGCAGGGCGUUGAGAUGAAUCGACCGUAUGCGUUUGAUCAGGGCAAGGGGCAGAGUGCUACGCCGGGGUAUUAUCAGGGUGGCGUACAGCAUGUGCUUCAGGCGCCGUUGGAUGGCGCUGUUCAGGUUGCGCCUGCGCAGGUUUAUCCUAGUGUUGGGCUUGGAGGGCUUCGCGGGAGUGGGCGCGGGUUUACUUGACAUAUUGCUUUCUUUUGUUUUAAAGGUAUGCUGGCAUUGCAGUUGUUUCCUUUUUCCCCUUCUUUCCUUCUUCCUUCUUGUUUACACUUUUAGCGUUGUCGGACAUGCAUGAGCAUUGAGCAUGUGGAGUUUAGGUCAUGACCUGACGAUCAGAUGAUGCAUGGAUGGGUAUAUAUCUUAUGAGUAAUGAUACUUAUGAUUGAGUAUGUUCUAAGCAUAAUACCGCUUUCUGUGUGCUGGUAAUGAAAACGGCAGAGUGAAGAAGUGUAGUCGAGUAUAUUUAUUUGGUAGUGUUUUUUUUGUUGAAUUGGUCUGCUUUCUAUAUUUUGUCGAUACUCAUUUUGAGGGCUGG